GUCUGCAAUUUCGGCUUCGCAGCCCACCAUUGGCUUUAUGGGCGUUUGGAACACUGUGUAUACUGGCAGCGACACUUCGACUAACGCUAAGUGAGUUUCUACAGUAGGCGUAAAUAACUAGCAUGAUAGUAAAGAGGAGAAAAUUUUUCUAAUGCCAAAGACUCUAACAAAGAGAGGCUUGACAACAUUCGUUGAAAGGCAUUACUCCAACGAAACAAAUUUACCAGAUUCAAUUAAAAUUAACGUCCCGUAUUGUACGUCCUAAUGUGCAUUUGCGUUGCAUCAAUCUGGUGGAUCUGAUUUUGUCAAACAGGAAACUACAGACGGUCUUUGCAUGAUCCUGUAAAGGUACAUGCCUAUAUUUUAUGAAGGAAGGAUGCUCGCAAAGCAGGUAACGAGAAGCUCCUACAUCGCGCAGCGUUUCCUUAUUGUGUAGGAGCUACCUGUCGACUGCGUCCGACUGUGAGCUCUCUCGCAAGACCGAUCUUUAGAACGCCAAAGGCCGGUGCACCGGCGGAGGACACUUUGAUGUAAUAAGAUUUUGCAUAUGUUGCAAAUUGUAGACAUGAAUAUUAUUCACGCUGCGAUAUUGGAUGGCUAACAAACAGCAUAUUAAGGCUGCUGGGCAAGAUUUAAGCUGUCAACAAAAAGAAGUCUCCUCAUUGCCUUUCGAGUUCUACUCAGUUUGGCGAUGUCAAGGCUCAAGAUCUUAUAUCGAUAAAAUACACAUAUACACGUAUAUCGGUUUGUACUGUUGAUCUCUGUGACGAAACGUAAUACUAGUAAUCUGGUGUGCUUCUCAAGAGAUAGAAGUACGCUUGGAGAAAUCUAGUACGCUGAUGUCAUUAGUGUCCUGUUACGUUGUUUGUCGGUACAUUCAAUUCGAUCGUACUGGGUGAGUUAUCUGUUGUAUUACUGACUGGGCAAUGGGAAGCUACUUGACAAAGAUCUUCGAAGAAAACAACAGCAUGUGCGCGUUUCAAUAUGAUGAUAUUUGUACGAAAUCAAAUUCGUUGUGAUGGCAACCGAAACUAGGCGAGCGGCGUUCGGUUGCAACAAUCGUAUGCAAUAUGUUCGGCUACAGUGAAAAGUGUAAUGUCUUCGAGUUUACAUAGAAAUAGAUUUACCAAAUGACAAAACUUUACGAUACGAAGCACGCCGCAGACGUUAUUGUUGCUAUCAUCGUAGUGCUGACGGGCCACAAAGGUUCUUGCAUGAGGUAGAAUUUUGCCUUGAGCUUAACGUCGUAGUUGACGUUCCCUCCAUUCACGUCUGUGCGUGUGUUUGAAUCCACAACGGAGAAUCUGGCUAGCCGUUUGCUACAUGGGCUGAAACCGACAAGGAAUACGAGCAACACCACGUUCGGAGCGGCGUGUCAUACGGAGAAGGCAAUCGUCGGCUCUUAACAGUGGCAAAUGGAGGCCAACAAGCGACCGAUCGUACGGCAGACCACAAUCGUGCAACUAUCCAUGAUUUCGCCGCCAUAUAUGAUCGGGUUGACGCGUGCAAUUGCGUCAUGCAGUGUAAGCAGUAGCAGUAACGCUAACUUCGACCAAAGAGGCGUCCGAGAGAUGUAGCUCGGCAGCCGAAGAAGCUGCAUACUACCAAACUAGUAGUGUUAGAAUAACCGGAGACUUGACCACCUGUAUUUUCGGUAUUAGUCUCCUUCGUUCUUUUUUCGACUUGUGUAGACCAUACGAGCAUACGAACACGUCCCUAUACUUUAACAGAACAGGAAGAGGAUACAAGGGUCAAAAGAUGUUCAAGCUCGAAGGACAAUCGUUAAUUCAUAUAUGUAUAAUUUAACUUACAUCUAAAUAUUUGUUUUGCACGAAUGUCGAAAUACUCGGCAUUUUUAGUUGUUAUUUUUAAGUUCUGAGCUGUUACGAAUGCGUCAAUUGACCUUUUUACUUACAUGUGUGUAACUAUGUUGAACUGUGAAUUAUUACUAGUAGUAACUUUUGCCGUUAACAAUUUUUAUAAAAAAAACGUAUCGUAUUCUCUAUAAGAUACAGGAAAAAAUGCUCUUUGGCAGCAGUAAUUUCGUAUUUUGUGGUUUAAUUACUAUGCAAUGAAUUUUGCCUCAAAUCAUUUGAGCGAACAUGUGAGAAUGAUUUACAGCGGUUUGGCAAAGAUAGGCCAACCGGGCUGAGUCUGUCUCGUACCCAGAAAGGCAAAGUGGACCUUAAGGAUUCGAACAAGACCACUGCCAUCGGCAAGCCGAUGCUUGCUAAUGCAUCUCCUUCCUCCAUACUUUUUUGCUCCUACGUUACGAGUUGGUGCUGUUUCGCUCGCUUCGUUCUCGAAUUGCCCCAGGCAAAAGCAGGAUGGCCAUGACUAUAAUGUAUGUAUACAUAUGUAUAAUUUUCUUGCAGCUGUCAUCGCCAGCUGAAAAAUGCUGAUAAUAGGCUAGAUAGUCAAAAAGAACAAUGGUAUUUGCCGCGUUUCUAUCAAACUAAACUGAUCACCUGGUUUAAUAGAAAAGUAACCAGACAAAACUGAUGACUCAGGAAAUUUAGCCCCAAAUGGACUCGAAGCGUAUGUCGUGACUAUAUUUUAACAUGGAGAAAUGAUUUGAUUGUUAGUAUAAUAACUGAAGGUAGGAUGCUGUUGAAUGCAUUGAAGAAGGCAAUGGCAAAUGAACUGACUGAGGUUGGGGAGUUGGCCAUUUUGCAAAUUACCUGCCAGCGACUGUUUAGUAUACCGACGAGAGGACGAUUGCUCCCGAAGUGUGCGUCGUUUCAGCGCGUAUAUCAAUUUGUUGCUUUAGAGAGGCAAUUGAAUAUUGUUUCAUUCAGAUACUGCUGUUGAAUCGUUACGAAAGACCGUUGUCAUUUAAGGCUUAGACCUUUACGUGCUUAGCAACUAUCACAGAUCCUCUUGAACUGUUCGUUAUAUGUAAAUGUUUUAGGGUAGCUGAGAUAUAAUAACACAUUAUUUAUCGUUAAUGCUUUCUAACCAAACACAGCAUGUUGGCAAAUUGAAUCAAUAUAGUAAGAAGUAGAUAGAUGCACAUUGAGUGGUGAAAUUCAUUUUCAUAGUAUUCGCAUACCUACUUGUACUUUCGUUGUCGUGGAUGAGUAGCGGUCCUAAGUUAAGCUUCCACAACCUACCCAUAGUAGUCUACCAAAUAACGAUCCCUAACAUCUCUGUUUCGAUGUGCUAACAAAAGAGCUCUGUUGAGCAAACCCCCAUUUGCCCCCACGUUGUGAUCCCCCGUCUGCUAUCGGUUACAGCGUGGCACGACGAAAAGGGAUUGUGCACUGGAGCAAGCACAGGCCAAUACUUUGAAAAGUCAUCGGCGGGAUUGGUGCCAGAUCGAUACACACAUAAAUGGCAUUAUCUUGUUGCCAGCCCUAAAAUCGCUGGUGACCAAGAGUAUGUACCCCAAGCGAUCUCUCGGCGUCGUGGGAUGGAGAAGAAACUGGGCGAUGGAAAAUGGACCAGGCCGAAAGUUGGUGGUUGAUGAGACUCACAGAACAUUUAAAGCUGUUGUUGUGCAGAAAGUAAACAGGCCACUACGAAGCUGAGCUACGAGUUUCUGAGGAAGGAGGCUCAUAGGUCGGUCACUCAGUCGGUUAGUAUACAAUGUGCAUGCGCAAUGAAUGCGUUUACCUGCGUUGGUGACAAAACCUGUGUGGACAAGACAUGGCGGUGCGACGGCGAACAAGACUGCAAAGAUGGUUCAGACGAAAAAGGCUGUCCAGAUAAGAAUUGCACAAAUUCACAAAUGAAAUGCAAAAAUCGACGCUGUAUCCUUGUCGAAUGGAAGUGCGACGGCCAUAACGACUGCGGUGAUGACAGCGAUGAAGAUCCGCAGAUGUGCGCAACACACACAUGUGAAAUGGGCCAAUUUGCAUGUAAACAUUCCCCGGGUCGUUGCAUACAGGCCAGUCUUCGAUGCGAUGGACGUACAGACUGCAUCGAUGGAUCUGAUGAAAGUGGAUGCGAUAUGCCAAGCUGUUCGCCGGAGGAGUUUCGUUGUUUAAGCGGCGGAUGCGUGAGCCAACAUUGGGUCUGUGACGGUGACGAAGAUUGCGACGAUUCUUCGGAUGAACACGGCUGUAAACCCAGACCGUGCACUCAGCACGAGUUCACGUGUGCGAACGGGAAGUGUAUCUCUCAAAUUUGGCUUUGUGACGGUCGAGAUGAUUGUGGUGACGGUUCGGAUGAAGCAAACUGUAAAGCGUCCACCUAUGCCAAGAACGUCACGUGUGAAGCAAACGAAUUUCAUUGCGAUGAUGAAAGUGACUGUAUCAAGUCUAAUUGGCGCUGCGAUGGUGACCCCGACUGCCGCGAUGCAUCCGAUGAGAAAAAUUGCACCUUUAAGUGUCAAGACGACCAUUUUCGAUGUGACGCUGGCGAGUGUGUUGCUGGCAAAUUGGAGUGCAACGGCAUAGAGGAUUGCGCUGAUGGAUCCGAUGAGCAUCAGAAAUGCCAAAAUAUAACGAUAGCUCAUAGGCCGUGUAACUCAUCAACCGAGUUCGACUGUGGUAAUAACCACUGUGUUCCACUGAAAUCUGUCUGCGAUGGCCGAAACGAUUGCGGCGAAAAUGAAGAUGAGUCCAAUGCAUGUAACACAAACGAAUGCGCUAUUGACAAUGGAAGCUGUCAGGAUCACUGUGUUGACCUAAAGAUCGGCUUCCGCUGUGAAUGUUCGCGUCACGGUUUUAGGCUCAGCAACGACAAUCGCUCCUGUGUGGACAUCGACGAAUGUAUCGAAGUUCCCGGAAUCUGCAGUCAGUUCUGCAACAAUACGAAAGGUGGAUACAAAUGCAGUUGCUCACCCGACUAUAUUCUUGAACCCGGCACAGGAUAUUGUCGAGCUCAGGGCAAAAAUCCAAAGCUCCUUUUUGCCAACAGACACGACGUUCGAGUCGUUGAUCUCGUUUCGAACGAGUAUCGGGAGGUGAUUUCUGGAACGAGAUCAGCGAUGGCGGUGGAUUACGUGUUUCGGACGGAAACCGUCGUCUGGGCUGAUUCAACAUUGGGACAGAUCUCUAGGGCUAAGAUGUCCAACAAUAUUUCGACUGUCAUUAUUGGACGCAAAGAUAGUACUGUAGAUAGUAAUAUUGAUGGAAUAGCAGUCGACUGGAUCCAUAACAAGGUCUACUGGACGGACACAUGUCGAGACGUAAUUUCCGUAGCAGAACUCCUAGACGGGAGAAACGUGAAGACAUUAUUUAGAUCGCAUCUCCAGGAACCACGGGCAAUCGCUGUGGACCCUUUGACGGGCUGGAUUUUCUGGGCGGACUGGGGGGUCGGACGAAUUGAAAAGGCUGGAAUGGAUGGGACUCAUCGGACCACGCUGGUGGACACGGACAUCGAAUGGCCAAACGGGCUCGCAAUAGAUAGACAUGACAAAAAGCUGUAUUGGAUUGACGCUAAAUUGCAUCUUGUUGCUAGAUGUGAUAUGAACGGAGGCGAUCGCAAAUCAAUAUUAACGUCUCGUGACGUGUUCUUGCACCCGUUUGCUAUCGACGUCUUUGAAGAUUGGCUUUUCUGGUCAGACUGGCACAUGGAAAAAAUAUUUAAAAUCAACAAAUUUAACGGCGAAAAUUACACUGUGGUGUUGAAGGCACCGAUUCCACUAGAUUUAGUCGUGUAUCACGAAUUGCGUCAACCCGCAGGGCCUGACAGGUGCGCGAAUCAUACCUGCGACCAGCUCUGCCUUGCUGCACCGUCAAUUUCGGCGGGAUCGCCGCAGUAUACUUGUCUCUGUGUCGACGGCUACCAAUUAGCGAACGACGGCAUUAGAUGUGUGGAACUUUCAAAAGAAGUACCCAAACCUAAGAUGACAACGCCGCGGCCAAACCAUGAUGAUCACGGAGAGCAGCGGGUAGCCGAAAAUGGCGGCGGAAUCGCCAGCGUCAUUAUCGCGGCGCUGUCACUUCUAGCCCUGAUUGCGGCCACGGCCUCACUGUUAGUGUAUCGCCGUGUGAAUAAGGCGCGCCAUCUACAAUCGAUGAACUUCGAUAACCCGGUCUACCGGAAAACAACGGAGGAUCAAUUCAGCCUGGAGAAACCUCGCUCGCCAUUAGCUGAACCGCUCACCUCACCUGGCACAAAUGAUUUCGUGUAGUAAAGCCGGUACAGCUUGCAGUCGGUCGUAAUUAAUUUACCAAGAUUCAAUAUAUAUUUUGUUAAAGAUAGAGGUUUGAAGGGUGCUAGAAUCAGCCUAAAAUGGUUUGGUUACUUAAACGAAGACGAGUCAACGUCCCUCAGUUUGCACUCUCUCGGUUUUCCUUCUUUGUGAAAAUAUCAGCUACCGCUUUCGAAUUGAGUUGUACCAAAAGGGCGAAAAGAAGGGCACACUGGUCAAGGACGAGCGCUAGGUUAUGUAUAAAUACACGUGUCAGUAUGUCUGUUAAAUUGGAACUUUUUGGGCUUCGUUUCCCAAACAAGAACAAAUAUUUUAAUCACAUUUUUUGUUUGUAGUGGAAGUAUAGGAGUCCUGACGUUCAUUCGUAUUUGCUAGAACCACCAUCUACUACGGUUAGAGCUUCAAUUCAGGACCUGGACCAUACACUAUUCAUUUUCAAAUUACCAUGCAUCAAGCUAUAUUAGUGGGUGUAAAUUCGUUAAAGUCGUAUAAACUCGUACGUCACGUAUAAAAAAAAUUCCAGCGAGAUUAAAUUUUUGGAUGAUAACAGGCCAAAAGUCCUAAAAGUGCAAUAGUUCAAAACGGUCAAAAUGUCUCAGAAGUGCAAAACGGAGCAGAGAAUCUCGAAACCAACUAACAGUCAGUUUAUGUGAAGGAUUCAAUUGCGAAUUGAUCCCCUUCGAAACGACGACCGUUAGUUUCUUUAUCAAACUUAAAAUGUAUCAAAAGUGACUUUGUAAGCCAUUUUUAUAAUUUUUAGCCUUUUAAACAUAAACCUUGACAAUUUUUUAGCUUCCCUUAUAGAAACCUUCCUCGAUUCUUUCAGAAAUCGCAUGCACCGUAUUCGGCCAAAAAAGCUUUUUCGUCGGGUUCGCCGAGCGCAAAAAAUCGGAUAAGAGCUGACUUCGUUCGAAAUAAUAAUUUGUUCAAAUUGCAAAAACGGCGGACUGUUUUCUUAUGGCUAUGAUAAGUUUACUGCUUGAAUCCAAAACCCAGAACUAACUUUUGCUUGUUACCAACACUACCAAGUGAACGCAUGCCCAUUACGAUAAACAGUCCGCCAAAACCCGUUCUAACUUAUAUGUCGUACUUUAUAUAUACAUAUAUAUAUAUAUAUAUAUAUAAGCUUUUUCUCUAACGUUCGAAGGCAAAGCUAUCCUUGGUAGUCAGCCUUGUUCAAUAGUAGAUAGUAUUGCAAAUGAGCAGUUAGCUAAACUAUAGAUAUAACAUAUGUGUAGAGAAGCACCUGUGAACAAUAGAAGUGUCCUCAUGUCGGAUAACGAUCUCCUGCAAGAUUUUUUCAACCAUAAUACAUCGAGUGAAAAGCUAAAGCCCCAUUAAUGCUUUUUUCGCUAAAAACGAUACCAAGACAACAACAACGGCUAAAAUGGCUAAAACACAGCUAAAGUGGCGGACAUUGUAUUCGUUCUCUGGCAACCUUAGUUUUUGGCGCCAAGCGUGAUGCUUUUCGGCAAGUUGAAAGAAACGAUCAGUUCACGUGAUCUGAAAAGAACGCCACCUCGUAAACAUAGCAGUAAAAAGAUCUCACCCGUAUCAGACGCUAGACAGUUAGGCGAAAUCGAAGUAGCCACAGGCGCUUGCCUAGGAAGCUGUUUAGAUCUAUUUGAAAUCUCAUGAGUAUUAGAAAAGUAUUUCGCUUCCUGCCUAGAGCAUCUACCGUGUCUAUGGACUACUGCAUCAACAUGAAUAAGCUGAAGUCGGAAGUAAGCAAGCUCAAUUCUCACACUUAGACCAACAUCCGGUGUCGAACAACAACGAUAAAGUAGCUAGCUCUGGCUAUGAAUAGUACAAGUACCUUCAGCCCUGCGAAGAUCAAGAGAACAUCACCAGGAAAGAAAACAAAGAACUACUCAGAUGUCGAAUUUUUAACCACGUACUCGAUGAUGCAACUCGAUUGAAAGAGAAGAUAGCUGUCGUAGUGAUUGACAGAAGCGCUUUGCGGAGAUAUAUGGAUCCGCAACCUAUAUAUAUGGGUUGACUCUAGCUGUAAACGAUCACUUUUUAUGGGAGUUGGCCAGCGGUGAACAUCAAGAACAACAAUUCUUGUCAAUUCAACGCAGAAAGGAAAAUAGAGACAGCAAACAAAUAUGAAGUGCUACUCUUACGUCUAACUAUUAGAUAUGCCCCAAUGGGGUCACACGUCCGUAGCACAUUACUAGAAAUACAACCUAUACCGGUUGUACCGUAUCGUAGCGUAUGCACUGAUGAGACCAUUCUAUCGGGCUAGAUUAUACCCUUAUCUUUUUUGUCAGAACGUACAGCAUACGUGAAUAAGCCCAACGUUCUUAGAUCCUAAACGGCCUUCGUCAGCAUUCAGACAUCUCUGGCAGUAUUCAUUUUCGCUGCAAGGGCGACUGAACGGUGCCACACUCGAUAAAGAAACGGAAGGUGAUACUUCACAGUUCACUCUAUGCCAAAACAUAAGUCACGUUAUUGACCAUAAAGUCCUAAAAAAUAUAGAGUGAAUCCUAUAACUAUGUAGUAUUUAAAUAAUAACAACGAUAGCCAAAUAACAAGGAACGAGCAUGACAUCACAGUAAGAUGAUUUGGGAAUAUAAUGUAUACAUAGAGAAAAAAAAAAAAUAUACAUAAAUGCGAAGGAGGAGAUGUAUAAAAGUACAACCAUAAAACACUUAUCUCUGCAUAAUAG